AUGGAUUGGCUAGAGAAGCAUCAUGCGUCCGUGGAUUGUUUCCGGAAGGAAGUGACAUUCCGGAGUCCAAGACAACCCAAAGUGAUAUUCCGGGGAGAACGUAGAAUCCUCCUUACUUGCCUUAUCUCUGCUAUUACAGCUAAGAGGUUACUCCAGAAAGGGUGUGAAGGAUUCCUAGCUCAUAUCAUCGACACUCGAGAGAUCACCUUGAAUCUGGAAGAUAUUCCCGUUGUUAGUGAGUUUCCUGAUGUCUUUCCAGAUGAUCUUCCUGGGUUACCUCCUGAAAGGGAAAUUGAGUUUACUAUUGAACUCCUUCCAGGCACCAAUCCUAUCUAUCUAACUCCUUAUAGGAUGGCACCAUCCGAGCUUCGGGAGUUGAAGACUCAGUUGCAGGAAUUAGUGGAUAUGGGUUUCAUCCGACCUAGUGUUUCCCCAUGGGGUGCACCGGUGUUGUUUGUGAGGAAGAAAGAUGGGACCAUGAGGUUAUGUAUUGAUUACCGGCAGUUGAAUAAGGUGACAGUACGUAACCGGUAUCCUUUGCCACGGAUUGAUGAUUUGUUCGAUCAGUUGAAAGAUGCCAAAUACUUCUCUAAGAUUGAUCUGAGAUCAGGGUACCAUCAAUUGAGGAUUAGAGAAGAGGAUGUUCCCAAGACCGCAUUCAGAACGCGGUAUGGUCAUUAUGAAUUUAUGGUGAUGCCGUUUGGACUGACGAAUGCUCCAGCAGCGUUUAUGGAUCUCAUGAACAGAGUGUUCCGACCAUACUUGGAUCACUUUGUGAUUGUGUUCAUAGAUGACAUCUUGGUUUACUCCAAGACUUUGGAAGGGCAUAAGAAGCAUCUAAGAUUGGUAUUAAGGACUUUAAGGAGGAAGCAGCUUUAUGCCAAAUUUAGCAAGUGUCAGUUUUGGCUAGAUAGAGUGGUAUUCCUUGGACAUGUAAUCUCAACGGAAGGGAUUUAUGUGGAUCCGCAGAAAGUUGAGGCUAUUGUGAAUUGGGUGCAACCCACAAGUGUGACGGAAGUACGGAGUUUUCUGGGGUUAGCAGGUUACUAUCGUCGAUUUGUGGAAGGGUUCGCUUCGAUAGCAGCACCUCUCACGAGGUUGACAAGGAAAGAUGUUGCAUUUGAGUGGACGGAGGAGUGUGAACAGAGUUUUCAGGAGUUGAAGAAGCGGUUGACCACCGCACCUGUUUUGGCUCUUCCUGAUAACUCAGGGGGCUUCGUGAUCUACAGUGAUGCAUCUUUGCAAGGAUUGGGAUGUGUUCUGAUGCAACAUGAUCGGGUGAUUGCUUAUGCCUCGAGGCAACUCAAGAAGCAUGAGCGGAAUUAUCCAGUUCAUGAUUUGGAACUUGCUGCAGUGGUGUUUGCUUUGAAGAUUUGGCGGCACUACUUAUAUGGUGAGACGUGUCAGAUUUUCACUGAUCACAAAAGCCUUAAGUAUUUCUUUACCCAGAAGGAGCUAAAUAUGAGGCAACGGCGUUGGCUGGAAUUGAUCAAGGACUAUGAUUGCACGAUUGAGUAUCACCCAGGCCGAGCUAAUGUGGUUGCAGAUGCAUUGAGUAGAAAGACCACUGCGAACUUAGCUCACAUCAGGACAGCCUAUCUUCCAUUAUUGGUGGAACUACGGAAGGAUGGAGUAGAAAUGGAGAUGACUCAACAGGGUGGAAUCCUUGCUAGCUUGCAUGUGAGACCCAUUAUGGUGGAGCGGGUAAUUGCAAGCCAGUUGGGAGAUCCUACACUCUGUAGGAUAAGGGGAGAAGUAGAAAAUGGAACACGGAAAGAUUAUGCCAUAAGGGGAGACGGAGCCUUGGUAAAAGGAGCUCGUCUAUGUGUACCUAGUAAGAAUGCUGAAUUGAAAAGAGAAAUCAUGGAGGAAGCUCACUGUUCCACUUACACUAUGCAUCCGGGUAGUACGAAGAUGUAUCGGACACUACGGGCAUAUUAUUCAUGGCCGCAUAUGAAGGGAGACAUUGCCAAAUAUGUGAGUAGAUGUUUGAUUUGUCAACAAGUGAAGGCGGAGCGACAGAAGCCAUCGGGACUCAUGCAACCACCUCCGAUUCCCGAAUGGAAGUGGGAGCGUAUUGCCAUGGAUUUUGUUUUCAAGCUUCCACGUACUUCAAAGGGUCAUGAUGGAAUUUGGGUGAUAGUGGAUAGACUCACCAAGGAUCCUAGGUUCACUUCUCGAUUCUGGAGGUGUUUACAAGAAGCUAUGGGUACUAGAUUGCAGUUCAGUACCGCUUUUCACCCACAAACCGAUGGACAAUCGGAAAGGACUAUCCAGACUCUGGAGGACAUGUUGAGGUCCUGUGUGUUACAGUUUAAGGAUGCAUGGGAUGUUCACCUUGCCUUGGUGGAGUUUGCUUAUAAUAACAGUUAUCAUUCAAGUAUUGGGAUGGCUCCUUAUGAGGCGUUGUAUGGGAGGCAGUGCAGGACUCCCAUUUGUUGGAAUGAAGUGGGUGACAAGAAACUGGAAAAAGUGGAUAGUAUUCGAGCAACAAAUGAGAAGGUGAAGAUGAUAAAGGAGAAGUUGAAAACUGCACAAGACCGACAGAAGAGUUAUGCAGAUAACAGGUCUAAGGAUCUUGAGUUUGCAGUUGGGGAUUGGGUGUUCCUGAAAUUAUCUCCUUGGAAGGGUGUGAUGAGAUUUGGGAAACGUGGGAAGUUAAGCCCUCGUUACAUUGGACCCUAUGAGAUUACGGAGCGAAUUGGACCUGUUGCAUAUAGACUUGCAUUACCCCCAGAACUAUCUCGAGUUCAUGAUGUGUUUCAUGUAUCCAUGCUUCGGAAAUACAUGCCAGACCCUUCUCAUGUAUUAGAAUAUCAACCUGUGGAGUUAGAAGAAGAUUUAUCAUAUGAAGAGCAACCAGUACAGAUCUUGGAUAGGAAAGAACAAAGGUUGCGUUCUAGAUCUAUCCCGGUAGUGAAAGUUCUGUGGAGAAGUCAAACUGUUGAAGAAGCUACUUGGGAACCCGAGGAGCAAAUGCGGGCCAAGUACCCUUAUCUUUUCCAUUGA